AUGUCCAAAGCAAAGGGGUGGCAGGCCGUCUCCAAGACGAUAUCUAGCUUGGUGCCCCCAAUCCAUCAACCGCUGCCCCUCAGCAAACGCGAUUCCCAGCGCCUCCUCGAUGCCCUCAAAACCUCCUUUCGCAGCGAGUUGGACAGGCAGCAUGGCCCUUCACCUAACCCCCUAUCCGGCCCGAAAGCAUCAACAACCCUGACUUCAGCUUCUGCCUCCUCAGCUGAGAAGCCCGACGUUCCCCACCGACCUACCGAUGUCCAUCUGCACUCCAUCCUCAACAACCCUUUGCUCAGCCAAGCGUCAUCACCACGUCGAACAUCGGGGAUAGGCUCGCCAUACGACCAUGACAAGGAGGUCUUUCAACAAGCUGUGGCAAAGGGCCUCAUGACAAUUCCACGAGCCCACGGAUUCCUCCUCAAAAUCUUCAAGACAGCCGAGAAGAACACAUUAAGCCAAUCACCACUCUAUGUACCAUUACAAGGCACCGGCGCCGGUCUUCUCGUCCUCCAAUGGCUCAAGGCUUCCGGACAACACAACACCUAUUCCUGGCUUAGCAACCAAAAGUUCAGCGUCCUGUUGCUACGCUUCAUGAUUGCCGAGGGUCUUGACGACAUGGUGUGGAUCUGGCUGGAGAGAGUGAUGAAGCAAGCAUCAUCUGUCAACACCAUGCACUCGAGAAUAUGCUCCGACCUUCUUAUCAAGCACUUUAUUGCUGCUCACACCUGUACCGAAGGACUCCGAGACGCCUAUUCUUCCGUCAUCCAGGUAGAGUCUAUGCUCAAGAAGAACGAGCUCCCAUUGAACCAACUGGGUGAUGCUUGGAGUUUAGUAGCAUGGAACAGCACCGUUGCUUCAUGGAAGCAUGCCAAGGCACCUGUCAGUCUCUUUGAGCCCUUCGUGGCCAUGAGCAUCGAGCUGGAACGUCGCUUGCACGAGAGGGCUCAUCUUGACUUGUACCACCCAACAGAUCCGUCCGCAGAGCUGGCGCUGCAGUACUUCCGCGAAGACGACUCUUUUGUCAAGCGGUUACUGUCGCAGUGGGAUCCAGCAGCUGCGCCAAAGAUGCCACCUUAUGUACAAAGGGUUAUGGCUUUGGGCAUCGAUGCUGCCAACCAUCUCAUGAGUGCUGACCGGGUAAGGGAAGCAAAUACUAUCUUGGACUGCAUCAGUGGUAUCCAGAAUAGGAUCCAAGAGAUUGUUGGCGGUGGCAGUGGGGAGCUGAAGCCGGCGGUUUAA